ACCUUCGCUUUGACGGGGGAUUCUGCGCACAACCAAGCCAUGGUGCACUGGUCUGGGCAAAAUAGCAGCGUCAUUCUCAUGCUGACGAAGCAUUUUGACUUCAACCUUGGCAGUGUCACUGAAAGUUCCCUGUGGAGGUCAACAGACUAUGGAGCCACUUACGAGAAACUUAAUGAAAAAGUGGGAGGGAAAACAAUUCUGAGCUACUUGUACGUCAGUCCAAAUAACAAAAGAAAGAUCAUGCUGCUGACUGACCCCGAGGUUGAGAACAGUCUGCUGAUCAGCCUAGACGAGGGGGCCACCUACCAGAAGUACCGGCUAAACUUCUACAUCCUCAGCCUGCUGUUCCACCCUCAGCAGGAAGACUGGAUCCUGGCCUACAGCCACGACCAAAAGCUUUACAGCUCCGUGGAAUUUGGAAGAAAGUGGCAGCUUGUUCAUGAGAAGGUGGCGCCGAAUCGAUUUUACUGGUCAAAAAUGGGAUUGGACAGCGAAACUGGAUUAAUUCACCUGGAAACCAGGAUCUCAGAAGGACAAUCUCAAUACGUUACCUGCCCAGUCCAGAACUGCACAGAAGAGAACAAAGGCAGACCUUUUCCAGGAUACAUUGACCCCAAUUCCCUGGUGGUUCAGGACGAAUAUGCAUUUGUACAGGUGUCAACCAGGGGACAGACGGUGUACUAUGUCUCAUACAAAAGGAAUGCUUUCACACCCAUCAAGCUCCCGAAAUAUACAUUCCCGAAGGAUUUGCAUGUGAUCAGCACUGAUGAAAACAGAGUGGUGGCAGCAGUUCAGGAGUGGAAUCAGAAUGACACCUACAACCUGUACGUGUCGGACACGGGAGGGGUCCUCUUUACUCUGGCUCUGGAGAGCGUCAUGAGUAGCAUGGGGCCCGAGGGCAAUGUGAUGAUUGAUCUCUAUGAGGUAGCAGGGGUAAAAGGAAUGUUCUUGGCAAACAAAAAGCUUGAUAACCAAGUGAAGACCUUUAUCACCUACAACAAGGGCAGAGACUGGAAUUUACUGCAGGCACCUGCUGCAGACCUAAGAGGAAACGCCAUCAACUGUGUGCUGCCGUACUGCUCGCUCCACCUGCACCUGCACGUGUCAGACUACCCCUACUCCUCUGGAAACAUCGCCAGCAAAGACUCGGCCCCAGGGAUCAUUGUGGCAUCAGGCUCCAUAGGGUCUGAGUUGACUAUGAUGAAUGUUACGAUGUUCAUUACCUCCGAUGCUGGGAAUACCUGGAGUCAGAUAUUUGAAGAGGAGUACAGUGUGCUGUAUCUUGACAAAGGCGGAGCACUUGUAGCGAUUCGACACACACCAUUACCCAUCAGACAUCUCUGGCUCAGUUUUGAUGAAGGAAGGUUCUGGAACAAAUACAGCUUUACUUCCUCCCCGCUUUUUGUGGAUGGCGUCUUGGGAGAACCGGGAGAGGAGACUCUCAUAAUGAUAAUCUUUGGUCACGUCAGCCAUCGGUCUGAAUGGCAGCUGGUCAAAAUUGAUUUCAGGUCCAUCUUUAACAGGAGAUGCACUGAAGAUGAUUACCAGACAUGGCACCUGCACAAUCUGAAACAGGUGUGUUCUUUACAGGGGGAACCUUGUCUCAUGGGAGUGAAGAGAAUUUACCGGAAACUCAAGCCCACUGCGAGAUGCGUGAUGGGAAAGGAUUACUCCGUCACCAUGACAUCAGAACCAUGUGACUGCACCGAGUCGGACUUUGAAUGCGACUACGGGUACGAGCGGAAAAGUGGAGGGAAAUGUACGCCUGCCUUCUGGUUCAGUCCGUCCUCCAUGUCCAGAGUCUGCACCACUGGAAAAAGUUUCCGAAACAGCACGGGUUACCGGAAGGUUGUGUCUAAUAACUGCACUAGCGGAGUGUUGGAGCGCUACACUGCCAGGACGCAGAAGUGCGCGGCCCAGGCUCCUCGUGGCCUCCGUCUCGUCACCAGCGAAGGAAAGCUCACAGCCACACGGGGCAGUAACGUCACCUUCCUGCUAUUUCUGGAGGAGGGCGACGGAUCAAAGACGAGCAUCAUGGUCGACUUCGGAGACGGAAACGCCGUGUCCUACUCCAACAUCAGCUCGAUUGAGGACGGGGUCAAGCACGUCUACAGGAGUGUGGGGAUUUACCGAGCGUCUGCCACGGCCGAGAACGCCCUGGGCUCGGACCGCGUCACGCUCUACCUGCACGUGACGUGGCCUUUGGAGCGGAUCCAUCUCUCGGCUCCACUGGUGGUGGCGACAGGGAGAGAGGUCAACCUCACCACGGUCCUGUGGCCCAGUCACGUGGGCACGGCCACCUUCAUAUGGUGGUUCGCCAACCACACCGAGCCACUCAUCACUCUAGAAGGCAGUGUUGCUUUUACGUUUCCGAAGGGAGGAUCCACCACCGUGACAGUUCAGGUCGUGGCCGGGAGUGUGAUUUUGCAGGAUAAGAAAACCAUCGCUGUCCACGAGUAUUUCAGGUCUCAUCUCUUAGCAUUCUCCUCAAACCUUGACGAGCACAACCCGGAUGUGGCUGAAUGGAGGUUGGACAUCAGCAGAGUCAUCAAAAGCUCCAUGGUCCAAGCCACAGGCGUGAGUGAGAAGCAGCUUCUGGUCACAGUCCUGCCUGGUUUACCCACAGCAGCAGAGAUGUUUCUUCUUCCUGAUAAAGAGCUAGCAGAGGUGGAGGAGGAGAGAACCACAGAACCCCUUGAUCAGCUGUCUGAGGUCUUGCUCGGAGCCCUGAAUCAAAACCGUAUAGAGUUCACUCUGCGGCCAGGAGUUCAGAUCACAGUAUAUGCCACGCACUUAUCAGUGGCACCACUUGUGGACUCCAGUGAAAGACAAAAUGGCUCUGCAGUUCUUCUGCUUCUCUCAGUGGUGUCUGUGGGCUUCACCAUGUUCAUCAUCUAUAAAUUCAGAAGGAAGAUCCCAGGCCUCCGGUACUACGCACAAAUGCAGAACGAAAAAGAACAAGAAGUGAUACGUCCUGUCGGCACCAUGGCAACCACCGCCAGCACUCCGAAGGAGCUGCCGACUUCAUUGGAACUCCUGGACACUGAGCAGGACGCACAGGCCAUAGGAUACCUUCCAUCUCACCUUAACACGAAGUUCUCAAAGGAACCUCUGUCAUGUGUAACUGUUUGAAUUCUGGACUCCAAUCAAUAUCUCCAGUGAUAAUGUGAACAUUGACUCUUCAGAAACAAAGGUUUUGAGCUUUAUUCCUGUCGACAUUUGGAUAUCACUGGCGACAAUUGUGCUCUGAGGGAACCAGAAGAUCCUGUAUAAGCGUUUUGCUUUUUAUAACAUGUCUAUUCAAAUAUACAACUUUUGGUUACAUGUAUUCAUAAAAGAGUCAUGUGAUGUUCUCAGUCGAGGGCUGACGCUUAGUUUGCCUCCAUAGCUCUUACAUCCGCUUUAUUCAUGUUUACGCCAACAAUAUAAAUUCACUAUUUAUUCAUGUUUAUACUGUAUAUUUAAAUACAAAGAGGUAAUAAAGUCACUUUUUUGGUAAAUCAUAAAUAUGUGAAUAUGUGUUUAAUAACAAAUUUAUUCAGAAAAAAAGAGAUAUGCUUAAUAUCUAGAUUGCAUCUGAGACAGAUCAUACAGUUGUCAUCCAUUUUGUAUGAGUUGUAAUUUUGCUCCUAAUACUUUUGUGUUUUCUUCGUUUUGUUUCUCACAUUGUUUCUCACAUUCAAAUUAUCUGAGUUUUCAGUGCAAUAUGCUUUAUACUUUGUGUGAACAGAGUUGUAUUUAUUAUGGUCAGAUAACAGAAAGUAUGCUACAGAAGGAAAUGAGUGGUGGUAGCCGCUCUGUUAGCAUUUUUAUUUUUCACAUUCAAUUGAUCCCAGUAAAAAACGUCCUUAACAUUGCCGUUUUUUUCAAUGCACUUAAAAUUCUGUUAGAUUUUUUGUUAUAAAUUUGCAUACAAAAAAUGGCUGUGGAUUAAACCUGCUGCUGAAUUUAUUUUGAGUCAGUGUUAAUGGUGAUUGAACCCAGCAAUUGAAAUGAAUCUCUCUAGGUUAGGCAGUAAAGAUCAGGCCAGUACAUAUGACAUUACGUUACAUUUAUUUCGCUGACACUUUUAUCCAAAGCGACUUACAGUUGAUUAGACCAAGCAGGGGAUAUACUGUAGGCCUAAUCUUCGUGUUAAGAGGAGAUUCUGCAGGACAUUAUGACAGAUGUCCUAUUGAAAUGAACAGUCCCUGUACUCAUUUUCUUAUCAGUCUUUAAGGUUACACCAGCAUCUGUUUCAGAGGAUCCAGAUUCAUGGUGAAUGGUAAAUGGAUUAAUUCAUCGGGACACCUCUAUGACAGAAUUCUGCUUAUUUACUGUAUGACCUUGUUAUUUACUGUAUGGGCACUCGUGAUUGAAAGGUUCCCCACAACAUGGUCCAAGCUCACACUUAUACUUUCAGAAAAUAUAUAUUUAUUUAUACAAGGAGAAAACCAAUUAUGUUAUAUGCAUAUAUGCUCAUUGAGCACUUUAUUAGGUUGACCUGUACACCAGCUUGUUAAUGCAAAUAUUUAAUCAGGUUAUCACGUGGCAGCAGCUAAAAGCAUAAAAGCAUGCAGGUUCAGCUGUUUCAGACCAAAUGUCAGAAUGGGAAAUGAAAGAAAUGUGAUCUAAGUGAGUUUGACUGUGGAAUGAUUAUUGGUGCCAGACAGGCUGGUGUGAAUAUCUCGGAAACUGCUGGUCUCUAGAGUUUGCCGAGAAUGGUGCAAAAAACUAAAAACAUCCAGUGAGCAGCAGUUCUGCGGGCAAAAACACAUUGUUAAUGAGAGAGGUCAGGGGAGAAGGGCCAGACUGGUCAAGGCUGAAAGGAAAGUAACGCAAGUAACUACACGUUACAAAGAAAAGUGUCUCGGAACACGCAAAACUCUAAACCUCUUCAGUGGAUAGGCUACAACAGUAGAAGACCAAUAAGUAAAAUAAUAAAUACCUAAUAAAGUGCUCAGUGAGUGUAUAAUGGCUUUUCUUCAAAUAAAACGCCACAACAUUCCUUUAGUUCAGACGGUUACUGCAAAGUGUGUUUUUCUAGAUUUGCAAAUUGAAUGUGUUGAUUGCAUAUGAUUGCAUAAGCAAAUGAAUAUGAUUGAAACGUAUUAUCAAAAUAAUCAUGGAUAUUAUCCAGCUUAUUAGAUACACCGAUACAUUCAAAGUGAUGCCAAUGUGUAAAUAACCCCAGGACUUUUGCAGGACAGUUGCAUUUUGUCUCCAACCAUAUAUUUAAUUUAUCAUACAUUUUUUGUAAAUAAUGGAUAUCUGUCACUUUACAUUUUUAUAGAUGUACAGUGUUUUGUUUGGAUUAAAACAUGUUUGUUUGAUUAAAACACUUUCCAUGCAUAAUUGUUUCUGUUAAUUACACUUGAAAUCUUAUUUAUUAAACAGACCAAUUAUGUUA